AACCCUAACACGAAGUAGGAAGUAUACACCUACAUUUCUGACCAGCCAUGUUGAAUCGAAUGGAAUAGAGAAGAUUGAGUUGAGAAAAAUAUCCCAGGACUGGUAAAUUGUGUAACUAUGAACUAAAAAUACAUCAAGAUGAUGAGAAGAAGCUGCCUUUUCUUCACAACAACAGGGGUAGGUCACUUAAUUGUGUGAUGGCCUUAGCCAGCUGGUACAAAGAGACAGAUGGGAAAAAAAACUACACCAAGCUUUGUAGGUUAUUAGUCGAUGGAGGCACACGAGCAGUUCAUUGUGUAUUUGAUGGCAUACAUCCACCAUCUUCAUUGAAAGCUGCCCUAAAUACUAACAAGAAAACACUACAAAACCUGAAGACCCCAAAAUCAAAAACGAAAAAGAAAGUACUGAAUAACGAGCAAUGGGACAAACUGUAUCCACCAAGUGGGAGCAGUCCUAAAUCAGAAGAAUUUGAUAUCACUUUACUGUUWGUUCUUCUAAGAAACAUUUGUGGACUUACAGCACCAGCAACUGGAUGGGAUGUCUUACCACUCAUAACAGAUAACUCACUAGAGGCUAACCUAGCCAGGAUAAAGUACUACAGAAACAAUACAAUAGCACACAAACCAAAUACUGAAAUAGAUGAUGCUGACUUUGAACAACACUGGCAAGAUAUUUCAUCUGCCCUACUGUCACUGGGUCUGAGKCAAGAGGACAUUGAUGAUUUGAAGUCUGCUCCUUUGGGAGAGAAAGACUACAACCAGUUACUCCAUGACUGGUUCAUAUCAGAUAAGGACAUCAAAACACAGCUACAGGAAGUGAAGACAAACACCGCAGACAUCAAGUCAGACACAGCAGACCUCAAGUCAGACGCGGCAGACCUCAAGUCAGACACAGCAGACAUCAAGUCAGACACAGCAGACCUCAAGUCAGACACGGCAGACCUCAAGUCAGACACGGCAGACAUCAAGUCAGGCACGGCAGACAUCAAGUCAGACACAGCAGACAUCAAGUCAGGCACGGCAGACAUCAAGUCAGACACAGCAGACAUCAAGUCAGACGCGGCAGACCUCAAGUCAGACACAGCAGACCUCAAGUCAGACACAGCAGACCUCAAGUCAGACACAGCAGACCUCAAGUCAGACACAGCAGACCUCAAGUCAGACACAGCAGACAUCAAGUCAGUCACGGCAGACACCAAGUCAGUCACAGCAAACAUCAAGUCAGAGACAGCUUUAAUACCUGGUAUUCAAGAGGGCAUAAGUCAAUUGAAGAAUAUUUACUCAAGCGCGCAACUUAAGGAUUCACUCAUCAAUGAACUUUCCUACUCGGACUUCAGCAGCUUGAUUGAAUCCUUGUGCAAGUCUUUUCAUCCAAACACUCGCCAGUGGGUUCUGGAUGAAGUCAAAUCCCAUAUUGACAGAGGUACUGAAUCACUGCCCUGUGAGAUGAUGCUGAUCUCAGCUGGUCCAGGUAUGGGCAAAUCAACUAUUGCUGCUAAAAUCUGUCAGACAUACAAGAAACUUGGAUGUCUUGCAGGAUGCCACUUUUUUCAGUUCAGUAACUCUACGAGAAACAAUUCAAGGUUAAUGUUGCAGUCCAUAUCAAGGCACAUGUGUGACACUGUUCCCGGUUAUAGAAAAGCCUUGGAAUGCAAACUGCAAACAGAUUUUGGUAAGAAGAUUUCCGAGAUGAACUGUGAGGAGCUGUUAACCAUUUUGCUGGAGGAACCAUUGUGUAACGUGGAACAAACAGACCGUAACUUCGUUAUAGUCAUAGAUGCUCUGGACGAGUGUUCACACGAUCCAAAAGAUGAACUACUGAAGGCACUAAGGAAAAAACUGUCAUGCUUCCCUUCAUGGCUUCGAUUUAUUCUCACCAGUAGACCAUCAACAAAUAUCUUUGCAGCUGGUCCAACUAUUACUGUAGAAAUAAUCCAAGAAGAUCAACAUAAUAUCAAAGAUAUUGAAAUGUUUUUUGCCUGCGAGCUUGAAGCCCUCUAUCCACGUUACGACAAAAUUGCAGACCUUGUGCAGAAGCUAUGGGAAAUUUCAAAAGGUUUGUUCUUGGUGGCUUUCUUUGUCAUCGACGUUUUGAAAAGAGAAAAUUUUGCAUCACCAGAUCAAGUUUUGGAACUGUUCCCUAAUGGAAUCUCAUCAGUGUAUGAGAAUUAUUUCUCUCGACUAAAAGAAGUCCUUGGACCUUACAUAUCAGAUGAAGAAAGGUUCUUCAAAAUGCUCGGGGCCGUUGUCGCAUCAAAGUUUCCAAUUCCUGUUCAAAUGUUCUACAGUAUCUUAGGUCUUAAACCUGACCGUGAUAUCCCUCGCGCAGAAAGGAAAACAAAGAAAGAUGCGUUGAGCUCUCUCCAUUCGUUGUUCCCUGUUGAAAACGACAAUGUAACAGCAUUCCACAAGACGGUCGUUGAUUGGUUGGCUCUUCAAGAAGAUGAAGAACAUGACUUCAGUGUUCGUGUAGAAGAGGGGAGUGAAGUACUUGUUAAUCAGUGUUAUGAUGUACUGAGUGACAUACGAAAUGGGAAAAAAGAUGUGGAUAAACCGUUGAAUCUUACAAACAGCGAGAAGUAUGCCCUAAAAUAUCUUUGCUACCUUAUCGAGGAACAAGUCGUCAGAGCUGACAAUUAUGGAUUCUUUUCUAAUAUUUACCUUCUGACUGCAUUAAAGAUGGAAGACAUCCGAUUUGGCAUUCGCAUUAGUGACGGUAUUAUAUCUAGGUCCUUACUGGAUAUACUUGAUAUGAUGAUACGUUCUUUCCAUUUUGGAAGUUUCCACGAAGCGUCUUGUCACUUCUAUCGUUCCACUUCAUUUGGUUGUUACCUUGCAUUCGUCCUUCAAGCUGCAAAAGUGAAGGGCGUUAGUCAAGAAAUAACGCCAAAUACUCUUGUUGCCCUCAAUAAGCAUCGUUUUCCUUAUCUUGAUGAGAAAAGUUUAUGGCGGACUCCGUCAAGAGGAAUGUUUUUUUCCAAACACUAUCUAUUCGAAUGUAAAAAAGGGUUUAUAGCAGUUUUCCCAAUAUCUAUGUCAAAUUCACUGCCAACUGCAGUAUAUAGGUUUGAGCUUGAUGGGCGGCUUAUCAGGAGGAAAAACCUCUGCGAAAUGCUCAUAACCACCUCUGCGAACAUCAACUUCAUCGUUGCUGCCGAAGAAAAUGGAAAGAAGAUUGAGAUAUUAGACGUAAUGACACUUGAAGUGGUCAGCCAGUACGAGUUUCUCCAUGGUGCAAUAGAAACAUGUCACGUGUUUGGGAAUGAUCGGGACUUUUUUGUUGUCAUCAAGGGUUAUGAUGACAACAAAGUCUACGUCAUUGAAGGACUAACAGGACAUGUACGUAACACCUUUACGGUGACUAAAGGUAGUACUGUAAUGGACGUUAGUCGUCAAGGUCAUAUUUUGGUAAAUUCGAUGGCGAGAAGAAAUUUGCAUCUUCUUGGAAAAGAAAGAAAUAUUUCGAUCAUUAAAGUUGGUGAAGAUUCCAUUCUUAUCAACCCACUUUUUGAAAAGAUUUGCCAUUGCCCUUACCCUGUGCGCGGUUUUUAUGUUGUAGAUGAAGCAGUUAAUUUUUCUCCAGAUGGUCGUCUUCUCGCAUACUAUUUUUUGGAUUCCAUAUUCAUAAUCAACACGUCAGAUGGCUCCCUGUUCAAACGUUUGUUAUUUCCCAGAAAAAAAAUGGAUUCUUUUCUUGAAGUUUUGUUCAUAUCAAUGUCUUAUCUUGUGAUUAUUGAACGGAGUUUCAUGUUGGUCGUGAUUAACCUCCAAACAGAUGAGAUUGAGCACAGAAUCUAUCUUCCUUAUCCAGUUUAUCCAGAUGGACAAGAAUACAUUCAUAAUUCAGAUAAGAAUAACAUUGAGCAAAGAGCCUGUUUUCCUUAUUCUGUUUUUCCAAAUAGAAAAAAGUACCUUCUGUUUCCAGAAAAAGAAGGAAAGUCAUUCAGCUUGAUUAGCUAUCAUUUCAAACCUUCUGUUUGUGAAGUAUCAAGAUUUGUAUUUUCUAAUUUAAACCUUCAAGGUGUUCUAUAGAGGCCGUCUUCAAGUAAUUGCAUACUCAAUCCAAUCUUAGUUGAGAAAAAAGCUCGACAAGUUUGUAUGUGAUGUAUACCAAAAGUUGACUGACCAUAAAGAGAAACUGACACCGAUAUUACGGCUUAUGAUUGGUCUACAUUUUCGCAUGUAUUCACCCGUAAGCCUCGCUUACAUGUCUUCAAAAAGGAAAACAUCGAGUGCGGGCUCAACGAAUGAAGUGAACAUCUAAAGUGUUAUCCAUAUAAUACUUAUGUUAUCUUACAAAGUUUCCCUUUCUGGUCGAUAUGGUGAAGCGACAAUAAAGGGUGAACUAUAUGACCUCCAGAUCAUCAAACAGUCAUGGAUCAUAGAUAUCACUACUGGUCGUAAUUUAAGACUCUAGGAAAUACUCAAUAGCAGAUCAACAGCAAUUAUUUUAAAAGUUUUUUUUUCUUCUAUUUAUUUAAUUUUUUUAUUUAGUUUAAAAGGGUUUUUUUUUUACUUUAUACACUUAUUUCAAUAAAGUUA